UGGAGGAUAAACCCGGCGAUGGCCAUGUGGGCAACGCCGAAUAUUCCAUUCCCGCUUCCUCCCUUCCUCUCUCUCCCCCCAACGACCCACCCCGGCCGUGUUACUACUAUAAAUCAUGGUCCAGCUUCGUCGCGCCUCGUCUCUCUGUUGUCGCGGCAGCUCAACCGAUCCAUCCAUCCAUCGAUCUCCAUUCCCUCCUACGCGCGCAGCUAUAAUCAAUUCAAGCUAGCUAGGCUAGCUAGCUACCACAUCGGCCGAGUUUUUCAUGGCACAGAUCAAGGCCGCGCGCGUCGCCGACGUCCCCAUGGCCCUCGACGUCGUCGCCGCCGCUACCGCCGCCCCAGCCAUCCUCGCGGAGGUGGACGCGGCGGCGGGUGUUCGGCGCGGGGCCGCGGCGGCGGGAGGCGGCGUGGGGCGGUUCGCGGUGAUCGGGCACCGCGGGAAGGGGAUGAACGCGCUGGCGGCGCCCGACCGGCGGCUGCAGGAGGUGAAGGAGAACUCGCUCAGGUCCUUCAACGAGGCCGCCCGCUUCCCCGUCGACUACGUCGAGUUCGACGUCCAGGUUACCAGGGAUGGGUGCCCAAUCAUCUUUCAUGACAACUUCAUCUUUACUGAAGAGGAUGGUAAAAUUUUGGAUAAGCGUGUCACAGACCUUCAGUUGGAAGACUUCCUCCAGUAUGGCCCACAAAAUGAGCAGGGAAAGGGUGGCAAACCCCUGCUACGGAAAAUGAAAGAUGGUAGGAUUGUGAAUUGGAAUGUGCAGUCAGAUGACCCUCUUUGCACACUUCAAGAAGCUUUCGAGAAGGUCAAUCCUAGACUGGGUUUCAAUGUUGAGCUAAAAUUUGAUGACAAUCUUGAAUACCAGGAGGAAGAGCUUACUCGUAUCCUCCAAGCCAUCCUGAAGGUUGUUUUUGAUCAAGCCAAGGAUAGGCCAAUUAUUUUCUCCAGCUUCCAACCUGACGCUGCACAGCUUAUGCGAAAAUUGCAAAGCACAUACCCUGUUUACUUUUUGACGAACGGAGGCACAGAAAUAUACACUGACGUAAGGAGGAACUCAUUGGAAGAGGCCAUCAAGCUAUGCCUCGCCAGCGGCAUGCAAGGAAUCGUAUCAGAGGCGCGAGCAAUUUUCAGGCACCCAGCUGCUGUACCAAAGAUCAAAGAGGCCAACCUCGCCCUGCUGACCUAUGGAACACUGAACAACGUACCGGAGGCAGUGUACAUGCAACAUCUGAUGGGGGUGAACGGUGUGAUCGUCGACCUAGUGCAGGAGAUCACUGAGGCCGUCUCGGAGCUCAUCGCCGUCCCGGAGCCUGGCACGAACGCCGAGAAUCUGAGCUUCGGGGCAGCGAAAGACGCCGCGACGCCCAACUUCUCGCAGCGCGAAAUCUCUUUCCUGCUGAGGCUUAUCCCUGAGCUUGUGCGAUAAUGAUAAAUCCAGGCUGCCCCUGCUGGCUUGGAGGGUGCAGUGAGUGACUGAUCUUUUUAUACAUGAGGAGCAAGGAGGAAGGAGAACCCUUGUGGAGGGUUACAAAGUUUACAAAAACUUGAAAUAGGUUGAUGUCUGUCCUAGAGCUAGCCCUGGUCCUGUUUUUAUUUGUCCUGGGGGAGUUGGGAUCGAUGGAUCAUAUGGAUGAUGCAUCCUGUAGCGAGGAGUGAAACGAUGUUGUAUCUAUAAGAGACUGUAACGACCUAGCUGGGUGGAGUUGAAAUGCAACGUGGAAUUUGG